AUGUCCAUCCCACAGGCUUUGGGGUUAGGGGUCCUUUUGGUCCUCGGCUACCUUGCUUCAGUGGCCAUCUACCGACUGUACUUUCACCCGCUGGCCAAGUUGCCAGGCCCUCGCCUCUACGCCAUAACGAGUCUGCCUUUUCUGGUCAGGGACAAGAUUCUAGGCACCUGGGUCAUGAGCACGACGGAGCUGCAUGCCAAGUAUGGACGCAUGGUGAGAUUCGCCCCGGACCGCGUCUCAGUGGAUGGUUCGAUUGGAUGGUCCGACAUCUACCAGCGCCGUCCCAACCUGCCCGAAUUUGACAAGGACAUCAGGACGUAUCAAGUCGGCAGACUGGGUCUUCUCCCGGCCCUGCGCGACGACCAUCGGCGCCAGCGAAGGACCGUGGCCCGCGCCUUUUCUGUGACGGCCUUGAAGGAGCAGGAAACCUAUGUCCAGACUCACUUGGACUUCUUCAUCGGUCGGAUGCACGAAUUCGCGGCCAAAGACGCCGAUGUCGACAUUUCAAACUGGCUCAACUACUUGACGUUUGACAUUGUUGGCGAUUUGGCCUUGGGCGAGCCGUUCGGAUGCAUGGCAAACGGCGGAUACCACCCCUUUGUGUCCAUGAUCUUCGACACCGCCAAGGCAAACGCCAUGGGGAACUUCAUGGACAACUUCAAAUUCCUCUCGCCUCUGGUCAAGCUGAUGGGCAAGAAAGAGCUCCGGCGCAACAUGGCGAUCAUCGAGAUGGCCGCCGCGACCACCGAGAAGCGCAUUGCCCUGGGGCCCGACGCCCGCAAGGACUUCAUGACAUAUCUCCUUCGCAAGAGCAAGGACGGUGAGGGUCUGACGCACCCCGAGAUACUCACCAACUCGAGAGUUUUGAUCGUCGCCGGCAGCGAGACCACAGCCACGGCGCUCUGUGGCCUCAUUUUCUACCUAUCCCGCACCCCUCAAGCCUACCGGCGCCUUGUGGAAGAGAUCCGCUCUUUUACUUCGGAAGACCAGAUCACCAUGCAAACCCUCGAAGGCUUGCCGUACCUCAACGCCUGUCUCGAGGAGAUCCUGCGCAUAUACCCACCUGCUGCCGACACGCCUCCCCGCAUAUCGCCUGGAGCCGAGGUUGGCGGAUACUAUAUUCCAGAAGGAACCGUCGUAUCCAUCUACCAAUGGGCUACGCACCACAACCCGGACAACUUUGUCAACCCUCUCACUUUUGCCCCCGAGCGUUGGUUGCCUCGAAGCAAUCCUUUCUACGAAAGCAUCUACGACAAAGAUAACAAGGCCGCGUUCCGGCCAUUUGCGGUUGGUCCCCGGGACUGCGUCGGAAAGAACCUCGCCUAUUCCGAGAUGCGCUUAGUUAUCUCGCGGCUGCUGUGGAACUUUGACGUUACCCUCGUCCCGGGACAGGACGACUGGAUGAAGCGACAGAAGGUCUUCCUGCUGAUUGAGAAGGAUGACCUGUUCGUCAAGCUGAAGCCCGUGAAACGUUCAUAG